AUGAACGGAGAACAUCGCAUCAGGGUUUGUAUGACCAGCGUCAGUUCGAUCUACAUGAUGCUCCGCGACUCACCUCACGAAUGGCGCCGUUAUCUGGAUCUGGCGCGCUCUGUCAUUGCACAUUUGGAUAACACAACCUUUAUGGUGCAACCUCACCGCAGCGCAGAGCAGACUUGGCUGGUUCGCGGUUUGCAGCGGCUAGCACUGGCCGAUGUCGACAGUGGAGAGGUCAUGGACAUCUCAAAUUGGUGCACUCGACAGUGGAUGCUCCUUAUCCAGAGACAGCCGCACAACACUGAAGCAUUGAACGGCAUAGGAAGAUCUUGGCUUGCACGAGCUCAACCUGCACUCAAACGCAUACAUCGUGCCGAGGGCACCUCGUCUUCCAAUAGUGCCAGCUCCCAGUUGUCUAUACCCUCCAUCACGGCAGGCGAGGAUGAGCGGCUGUCUGCGGCCGCACUCGCCCAAGCGGAGUUGAGAUCAGGGACAGCAGAUUACGUCCAGGCGAGACAUUUUCUCCAACCAGCGACUGAGUACUUCGAACGAGCGAUCGCUGCUGCUACGGCACAGCGCGCAUUAUCUGGAGGUCUCCUGGCAAAAGCCGCUGAGGCUUACAUGUCGCUCGGUAAUGCGUCAAGUCCGAGGGUCAACGAGCAGUAUUUCAGACGAGCCUUGAUUCUGCUCCGUGCUGCAGCCGCCAUUCCGGGCUACGCGCUUGGACGUUACCUUCAA